GAUGAAGAAGCUAAGAUGGCAGCACAUUUGAAAGUGCUGCCUAUUCGGAGUAAAGAAACACUACACAAUGAAGACACACUUUUAAAAAAGAUUAUUGCUUUAAUUCCAAAGACAAAAUGGCUUGAGAUUCGGAAUUCAGGGAAACAAGUGCCGAUUCCACGGUCUGGAAUUGGAAGCCUAUUUCGCAGUUGCACCGCGUUGACUCCGUUUGUGCCGUUUUAGGAGAUACACUGGAUGUGGCUGCAUUUCAGGAUGGACAAAUGACGAGGUGUAGGAUUUUCGAUUGACAGUUGUGAUAUAACGGCAAGCUAUCUAGGUAGCUGUUAUAUUUUUUGAUGCAAUAUAUGCAUUGUUCUCCAAAACGAUUAUGUGUGCUGCUGCGGCAGUCGGUGAUGGAGGGAUUGUGCCAUCCCCAUUACCUUCGAUGCGGCUCGGCAUCAGCGUAAUUUCUGGAGUUGGGGACGAUUUCUCCUCUUUUGGGUCGGGAAUGGGUUCGUGUCAAACACCAGGAACCCAGUCGGAUUGCCGAAGUCGAUACCAACUUCUACUCUCUGGGCGAGCUUUAGCGGAAAGAUACAGGAUGAUUUAUUCCACGGCUAUCAAUGACAAGGAGCAAGGGAUAAACCAAGGAAGGGGAAAGAAAGCUUCAAGCAAGAAGAAGCUGAAACGGCGGCAAAAGUUGAAGUCUAAAGUCAAAACAGGAACAAAGACGGAGAACCUUGAUGGGGUCUUCUGCAUGCCAGAAAUCAAGCUGCAUAGCAACCCAUCGGCGUUCAACGUGUACUGCAACGUGCGCCACUGCGUGCUGGAAUGGCAGCAGCGGGAGGCGUCCCUGGCUCUGGCCUCUAGGAGCUCUGUGCAGAGCGGGGACUCGGACAGCGAGGAGGAGGAGUUCCGUGAGCCCGCCAUCAAGCUUCCCAAGAUCAUUGGCAUUGGUCUGUGUGGGGUGUUUGAGCUGAUCAAGGAGACACUGUUCUCCCACCCCUCACUGUGCCUGCGCAGCCUACAGGCCCUGCUGGACAUGCUGCAGGGACAACAGCCAGAGGGCUUCCAGGCCGAACCUCCUGAUGUACUGGAGUCUCUGUUCCACCUGCUGCUGGAGACAACGGUGCGCAGCACAGGGAUGAAUGACCCCAUGGGGCGCCUCACCCGCCUCUCCUGCGCCUGCCUCUUCAGCCUGGUGGUGUCCUGAGACACAGGCAAGACCCUGCAGGCCGUCUCCGCCAUCCUCACUUACAACGGCAGUCACACCUGCCAAACUAUCCAGGUGCCAACCAUUCUGAACGCGCUACAGAGGAGCGUGCAGGCCGUGCUGGUGGGCAAGAUCCAGAUCCAAGAUUGGUUCGGCAACGGCAUCAAGCGGGCGGCACUGAUGAACAAGUGGGUAGUGAAGGAGGUGACCGUCAAUGAGGAUGAGCGCUGCCUGCUGCAGACCGACGGCUCUUUCCUCUACCUGCUCUGCAAGGACGGCCUCUACAAAGUGGGCUCCGGCUACAAUGGCACCGUCAGGGGCCAUGUGUAUAAUUCCACAUCAUGCUUCAGGAAUCGGAUGGAGAAGAGAUCAUGGUUGGGCUUCGCUCAGGGCUGCCUGUUGUACCGGGAUAUGAGUAACAACCACAGUAUGUCGGCCAUCAAGAUCGACCCAGAGACUCUGGAGCAUGAGGGAACCAUCACUAUGCCAGGUCUACAGGCAGACGGCCAGAGCGUAGUUUUCACUGACGGAGAGUACAUCAACCAAAUCGCUGCCUGCAAAGACGAUGGGUUUGUGGUGCGGAUCUACGCGACCAGUACAGACCCAGCACUGCAGCAGGAGCUUCAGCUGAAACUGGCCAGGAAGUGUCUCCAUGCCUGCGGCAUCUCUCUGUUUGACUUGGAGAAAGACCUUCACAUCAUCAGUACAGGGUUUGACGAGGAGGCAGCAUUGCUGGGAGCAGGCAGGGARUUUGCUUUGAUGAAAACGGCCUCAGGAAAGAUCUACUACACAGGGAAGUAUCAGAGCCUUGGCAUCAAGCAAGGUGGUCCGUCGGCAGGUAAAUGGGUGGAGCUGCCUGUCACCAAGUCCCCUAAGAUCAUCCAGUUCUCGGUGGGCCACGACGGCUCACACGCCCUGCUUGUGGCCGAGGAUGGCAGCGUGUUCUUCACCGGCUCUGCCAGCAAGGGAGAGGAUGGAGAGUCCACCAAGAGCCGGCGCCAACCGAAGCCCUACAAGCCCAAGAAGAUGAUGAAGCUGGAGACCAAGACGGCGGUGAACACGGCCUGCAACAACGGCAGCAGCGGCAUCGUCACCAAAGACGGAGAGCUCUACAUGUUCGGCAAGGACGCCAUCUACAGCGACAGCACCUGCCAGGUUUCAGACCUGAAGGGUCACAUUGUAACCCAGGUAGCCAUGGGGAAGGCCCACACCUGUGUCCUGACCAAGAUCGGAGAGGUCUGGACGUUUGGGGUAAACAACAAGGGCCAGUGUGGCCGAGAAACCGGGGCCAUGAACCAGGCAGGGAAAGCAUUUGGCAUUGAGAGCAUGGCGACCGCCAUGGAAGAGGACCUGGAGGAUGAGCUGGAGGAGAAGGAGGAGAAGAGCAUGAUGUGCCAGCCGGGCAUGCACAAGUGGAAGCUGGACCAGUGCAUGGUGUGCACCGUGUGUGGAGACUGCACCGGCUACGGAGCCAGCUGUGUCAGCAGCGGACGGCCCGACAGAGUACCCGGAGGUAUCUGUGGCUGUGGUUCGGGGGAGUCUGGCUGCUCAGCGUGUGGCUGCUGUAAGGCCUGCGCCAGGGAGCUGGAUGGACAGGAGGCUAGACAGAGGGGCAUCUUUGACGCUGUCAAGGAGAUGAUACCACUAGACCUACUACUAGGAGUCAACAUCCAGGAGCACAUCCAGAUCCGGCAGGAGGAGAAACGCCAGCGGAUCAACCGCCGACACCGGCUGGAGGAGGGACAAGAAGGGAGCAGCGAKCGAGGGGAGAAGGACGUCAGUAAGAUCACCACUUACCCUCCGGGGGCGGUGCUUUUCGACUGCGAGAUGACAGCUGUGCAGGUCAGCUGCGGCCUCCACCAUUCAGUGGUGCUGUUGGAGAAUGGGGAUGUCUAUACAUUUGGCUACGGUCAGCAUGGCCAGCUUGGACACGGAGAUGUCAACUCAAGGGGAUCUCCCACACUGGUGCAGGCUCUCCCAGGUCCGUGUGUCCAGGUGACAGCUGGUAGUAACCACACGGCAGUGCUCCUCAUGGACGGACAGGUCUUCACCUUCGGCAGCUUCUCGAAAGGGCAGCUGGGUCGGCCAAUCGUGGACAUGCCCUACUGGAACGCCAAGCCCUCCCCCAUGCACAACAUUGGUGCCAAGUACGGCCGCAAGGCCACUUGGAUUGGGGCCAGCGGCGACCAGACCUUCCUGAGAAUAGACGAGGCCCUGAUCAACUCGCACGUCCUGGCUACCUCGGAGAUCUUCGCUAGCAAAGACAUCAUCGGCUUAGUCCCCACCUCUGUAUCGGAGCCUCCUCCCUUUAAAUGCCUGCUCAUCAACAAGCUAGAUGGCAGCUGCCGCACCUUCAACGACUCCGAGCAGGAGGACCUGCGGGGCUUCGGCCUCUGUCUCGACCCCGUCUACAACGUCAUCUGGAGGUUUCAGCCGGCGUCAAAGGAGAUGUGGUGCUACAAUGCCGUUAUAGCAGAUGGCCGUGUGCCAUCGGCCACGAACCUGGAGGCCCGCUGCAGCAUCCUCAGCCCAGAGCUGGCACUGCCCGAUGGAGACCAUGCCAGCACCACCCGCUCCCACGUAGCCCUGCACAUACUAGGUUGCCUGGAUACGCUGGCGGCCAUGCCAGAGCUGAAGAUGGGCGUGGCCAGCACAGAGGAGGAGACUCAGGCCGUUAUGAAGGUCUACUCCAAGGAGGACUACAGCGUGGUCAACCGCUUCGAGAGUCACGGGGGUGGCUGGGGUUACUCGGCCCACUCGGUGGAGGCCAUCCGCUUCUGUUCUGAUGCGGACAUCCUGCUGGGGGGACUGGGCCUGUUCGGGGGCCGUGGGGAGUACACCGCUAAGCUCAAGUUGUUAGAGCUGGGGCCUGAUGGUGGAGACCAUGAGACGGAUGGGGACCUCCUGGCUGAGACCGACGUCCUGGCCUACGACUGCGCUGCCAGGGAGAAGUACGCCAUGAUGUUUGACGAACCGGUGCAGCUGCAGCUUGGCUGGUGGUACGUGGCCUGGGCCCAGGUGUCUGGGCCCAGCUCAGACUGUGGCUCCCACGGACAGGCCACCAUCACCACAGAUGACAGUGUGGUCUUUCAGUUCAAGAGCUCCAAGAAGUCAAACAACGGUACCGAUGUGAACGCAGGUCAAAUAGCUCACCUCUUGUACAGGCUUCCGUCGAACGAUGGCAACGCAGCCAAAGGGAAACAGCAGACCAGUGAGCCGGUUCACAUCCUCAAACGCUCCUUCGCCAGGACCGUCUCAGUGGAGUGUUUUGAGUCCCUGCUGAGGAUCCUCCACUGGAGCUGGACCACCCUGGUGCUGGGGGUGGAGGAACUGAGGGGCCUGAAAGGCUUCCAGUACACGGCCACCCUGCUGGACCUGGAGCGCCUGCGCUUCGUAGGGACCUGCUGCCUGCGCUUGCUCCGCGUCUACAUCUGUGAGAUCUUCCCCAUAUCUGCCAGUGCCAAGGCGGUGGUGGAAGAGUCCAGCAAGCUGGUGGAGUGCGUCGGCAACACCCGUAGCCUGCUCAAGAAGAUCCUCUCGGAAGGCAUGGACAACUGCCUGACCAAGCUGGACAACGACCCUCAGGGCUACCUGUCCCAGCCCCUCACCCUGCUGGAGGCCGUGCUGCAGGAGUGCCACAACACCUUUACCUCCUGCUUCCACUCCUUCUACCCCAAGCCCGCUCUGCAGUGGGCCUGCCUCUGCGACUUGCUCAACUGCCUCGACCAGGACAUCGCCGAGGCCAACUUCCGCACAUCGAGCAGCCGACUGUUGGCGGCGGUGAUGUCUGCGCUGUGCAACACAACAGUCAAGCUGACGUCCAUCUUGCCCAUUGCGUACGACGGCGAGGUGCUGCUGCGCUCGCUGGUCAAACAGGUCAGCACGGAGAACGACUCGGCGCUCGCCCACCGCUUCCCCCUGCUGGUGGCGCACAUGGAGAAACUCAGCCACAGGGAGGAGAACCUGAUGGGGAUGGCAAGUUUCCGGGAGGUUCUUGAGAAGAUGCUGGUGAUCGUGGUGCUACCGGUGAGGAAAAGCCUGAGGAAGGAGGUGGAGGUCUUCUCCCCCCACCUGGUCUCCAACACCUGUGGCCUGCUGGCCAGCAUAGUCUCUGAGCUCACCGCCUCUGCCCUGGGCUCCGAGGUGGACGGUCUGAACUCGCUUCACUCUGUGAAGUCCACUCCCAACCGCUUCACCAAGACGAGCCAGGGCCGCAGCUGGAACACAGGCAAUGGCUCUCCAGAUGCCAUCUGUCUGACAGUAGACAAGCCUGGCGUGGUGCUGGUGGGUUUUUGUGUCUACGGCGGCGGAGGCAGCCAUGAGUACGAGUUGGAGGUGCUCGCUGAUGAUGCCCAGACGGAGCACCCUGGGGAUUCGGUCCACACCCACAGGUGGACGUCUCUGGAGCUGGUCAAGGGAACYUACAGCACCGAUGACUCUCCCAGCGACAUUGCCGAGAUACGCCUCGACAAGGCCGUGCCACUAAAGGAGGGUGUGAAAUAUGCUGUCCGCCUGCGUAACUAUGGCAGCCGAACGGCCAAUGGGGAUGGAGGGAUGACCACGGUUCAGUGUUCCGAUGGCGUGGCCUUUACCUUCAGAACCUGUAGCCUGAGCAGCAACGGGACCAACCAGACUAGAGGACAGAUACCGCAGGUGCUGUACUACAGGAGUGAGUACGACGGAGAUCUGCAGUCCCAGCUGCUGAGCAAAGCCAAUGAGGAGGACAAGAACUGCAGCAGGGCUCUCGCAGUGGUCAGUGCAGUGGUCAGAGCUGCCAAGGAUCUCCUUCACAGGGCGUUCACUGUCGAUGCAGAGGACAUGCCUGAGCUGCUGAGCUCGUCCAGCCUUUUCUCCACGCUGCUCCCCCUCAUCCUGGCCUACAUCGGCCCUGUGGCUGCCUCGGUACCCAAGGCCGCAGUGGAAGUCUUUGGUCUGGUCCAGGAGUUACUUCCUGCUGUCUCCGCUUUGAACCAGAAGUAUGCCCCACUGGCUUUCAACCCCAACCAAUCAACAGACAGCACCACGGGCAACCAGCUGGAGCAGGGCCUAUCAGCUUGCACCACCUCCAGUCACUAUGCUGUGAUAGAGAGCGACCACCCUUACAAGCAGGCCGGAGUCACACAGUAUAUGCUGUCAUUCCCGGACUGCGUGCGGUGGACCACCAUCGAGUUUGACCCCCAGUGUGGCACAGCCCAGCCAGAGGAUGUCCUCCGCCUGCUCAUCCCAGGCCAUUCGCUCCACCUGUCCAGCCUGAGCACCAAGCCCCUGGCCCACGACACCAUCAACACCUGGGUGGAGCUCAAGAAGAUCUCUGGCUCCAAUGGCUGGCCCACCACUGUCCUAGUGCUGCCAGGAAACGAGGCCCUGUUCUCCUUAGAAACUGCCUCUGACUACGUAAAAGACGAGAAGGCCUGUUUCUACGGCUUCAAGUGUGUUGCCGUGGGUUACGAAUUCAACCCCGGACCAGAUGAGGUUAUUAUCCAGCUGGAGAAGGAGUUGGCAUACUUGGGCAGUGUGUGUGCUGCUGCUCUCAUGAAGAAGGAUCUGGCUCUUCCUAUAGGGAAUGAACUUGAAGAGGACCUUGAGAUUCUUGAAGAGACCUCUCUCCAGGUGUGUAAGGCCCACUCAGGUAUCCUGGGCAAGGGGCUGGCCCUGUCCCACUCCCCCACCAUCCUGGAGGCUCUGGAGGGCAACCUGCCCCUGCACCUGCAGACCAACGAGCAUUCUUUCCUUGAGGACUUAAUCACCUGCGAGCAGAACUCCAGCGGAGGACGCCUGGCCAGGUGGCUGCAACCGGACUCAUACGCGGACCCCCAGAAGACGUCUCUGAUCCUGAACAAGGACGACAUCUGCUGCGGCUGGCCCACUACAGUGGCCGUCCAGACCAAAGACCAGUACGGAGACGUGGUGCAUGUGCCCAACAUGAAGGUGGAGGUGAAGGCGGUGCCCGUCUCCCAGAAGAAAUCCAUGCAGCAGGAGUGCAURAGGAAGCUGCAGCGUCUCCCAGGCAGUGCCAACCCCUCCUCCUCGGGCACUGCUGACCUGACCUUCGGGGGCCUGCCCAUGCCCAAGCUGGACGCCACUUACGAGCCCAUGAUCGUCAAGGAGGCGCGCUACAUCGCCAUCACAAUGAUGAAGGCCUAUGAGAAUUACUCGUUCGAGGAGCUUCGCUUUGCUUCGCCCACUCCAAAGAGGCCCAGUGAGAACAUGUUGAUCUGGGCCAACACAGACGGGACCUACAGCGCCAACUGGACCCCCGGGGCUGUGGGCCUCUAUACCAUCCACGUCACCAUCGACAGCAUCGAGAUCGAUGCUGGUCUGGAGGUGGAGGUGAAAGACCCUCCUAAAGGCAUGAUCCCACCUGGCACACAGAUGGUUAAACCCAAGGCCGAGCCCCAACCUAGCAAGGUCUGCAAAUUUGUGUCCAUGGACAGUGCAGGCCUCCGCGUGCGUAGUCACCCCUCCCUGCAGAGCGAACAGAUAGGCAUAGUGCAAGUCAAUGGCACCAUCACUUUCGUUGAUGAGAUCCACAAUGACGAUGGUGUUUGGCUCAGGCUGAAUGAUGAGACAGUAAAGAAGUAUGUGCCCAACAUGAAUAGGUACACUGAAGCCUGGUGCCUCUCUUUUAACCAGCACGUGGGCAGGAGCCUGCUGGUCCCAGCCGACGUGAUAAACACAGAGGGGACGUGGGUCCAGCUGGACAAGAAUAGCGUGGUGGAGUUCUGUGAGAGCAACAAAGGAGAGGCCUGGGCUCUGGCCCGAGACCAUGGGGGAAACCAGUACCUACGCCAAGGGGAAGAACAAAGCCUGCUAGAGCAUGGGGCCCAGACCCCCCCAAAUAGCCCCUUUUCUGUCCAGGCCUUCAACAGUGCUGCUGGAGCCAUUGGGGCCUUCGAGACACAGGGCUUCAACUAUAGCAUCUCAAACAACAAAGGCUCACGAGACAACCAAGCAGCCUGGUCAAUUCCUGCCACUUCUAGACACCGACAGAAAAGCCACUCCCCAAAACAGGAGGGUGGACGCUCCUCGGACCAUUCCAAAAGCAAAGACCUGUCGGCCAGCGAGGCUCUGAUCCUGAGGUCGGACACGGCCAAGUUGCGGUCAGACUCUCAUAGCCGCUCUCACUCGCCCAACCAUAACACCCUGCAGGCGCGGAAGGCCGAAGGGCGUGAUCGUAACUCCUCCGGGCUGCGCGCCGAGUCGCCCAACCCUGGCUCCCGCUCCUCCUCGCUCAAGCAGAAGGGCCUGUCCUCUUCCUCGGGGAAGUAUAGCCCCUCUAGCACCACCUUGACGUGGUCCUCCUCCCCCCAGCAUGACCAGAACCUUGCUCAGGACAAGAACCAACUAGUUGACAAGAACAUGCCACCAGACAAGAACCAACACCAUGACCAGAACCUCCCUCCCAAAGUCAGCCCCUCCAAGGCUCGGCUGGACCCGCCCAGAGAGAGGUCCAAGUCGGACUCGUACACACUGGACCCGGACACCCUACGGAAAAAGGUCCCUCUCACCUCGGAGCCACUGAGGGGAAGGUCCACCUCGCCUAAACCCAAACUAUCUCCCAAGGACAGGUGCAGCAAAGGAGGUGACAUGAACUUGGAGAACCGCAGCCCAUCGCCCCAUGUGACCCAGGAGGACCUCCACAGGGAGGUGGUGAUGUGUACGUCUAUUGCUCUUCUUUCCGAUGAUGAAGGAAAUGAUGAGAACGUUGACUUGAGCAACACAGAGGGCUCUUCCAAGGUGCACUUAAGCAUCGGCAAGGUGCCCAUCAAGGAUGAGCUGGAGAGCAGCCGCUUGUCACCAAAAGUCAGCCGCAAGACCUCCAGCCGCCACGUGCACCCCAAGAAGGACAAGUCUGGCCCGCUCUUCAAGGGCGAGAGCUCAUCAAGGCUCACCGAGACAACCAAGCAGGCUAUGUCGCCCUCGGUGGCAGAGUGCGCCCGGUCGGUCUUCGCCGCGUUCCUCUGGCACGAGGGCAUUGUCCACGACGCCAUGGCCUGCUCCUCGUUCCUCAAGUUCAACCCGGAGCUGACCAAGGAGCACGCGCCCUUGCGCAGCUCGCUGGGUGGCCAGGGCGGCCAAGAGGAGAAGGAGAGCAAGCUGAUGAACCGCCACUCRCUGGAGAUAUCCUCGGCCCUCAAUAUGUUCAACAUUUCCCCACACGGGCCCGACAUCUCCAAGAUGGGCAGCAUCAACAAGAACAAGGUCCUGUCCAUGCUCAAAGAGCCACCACUGGCCGAGAAGUGUGAGGACGGCAAGGGGGAGCCCGUCUCCCACGAGAUGACCUCUCAUCCCUUCAUGAGGGCCAAGUCCAACCUGCCGCUCACACUCCAGCACCUUGUUGCAUUCUGGGAGGACAUCUCCAUGGCRACCAUCAAUGCAGCCACCCAGAACAUGAUUUUCCCCAGCCCGGGCUCCAGCGCCAUCCUGAAGAAAAAGGAGAACGAGAAGGACAGUAAGAAGUCCAAGAAGGAGAAGAAGAAAAGAGAGAAGGCGGAGGUGCGCCCCAGGGGGAACCUGUUUGGUGAGAUGGCCCAGCUGGCCAUCGGGGGACCGGAGAAGGACACCAUCUGUGAGCUUUGUGGGGAGUCGCACCCUUACCCUGUCACCUACCACAUGAGGCAGGCCCACCCAGGUUGUGGUCGCUACGCGGGAGGCCAGGGCUACAACAGUAUCGGCCACUUCUGUGGGGGCUGGGCAGGAAACUGUGGAGACGGAGGUGUCGGUGGAAGUACCUGGUACCUGGUGUGUGACCGCUGCAGGGAGAAGUACCUGAGAGACAAGCAGACUGCGGCCAGGGAAAAGGUGAAGCAGUCGAGGAAGAAGCCCCUGCAGUUGAAGAUGCCGCGGGCGCUGCCCACCAUGGAGGCCCACCAGGUGAUCCGUGCCAACGCCCUUUUCCUGCUUUCCCUACGCAGCGCCGCCAAGCCCAGCCUGCUGUGCCACCACCCGCCUCGCCCGCUUCACUCCAUGCUGCCCAGCCUCAAGGAGGGCGUCUCUGACGAGAUGCCCAACAAGAUGGGCUGCCUCUACCUGCAGAUGCUGGCCAGGCAACACACAGAGAACUUUGGUGGGUACCAGGAUGAGAACCUGUUCCAGGAUGAGAUGAGGUACCUACAUUCCACGUCUGUCCCUGCACCCUACAUCUCAGUCACCCCCGACGCCUGCCCCAACGUGUUCGUGGAGCCCGAGAGCAACAUGAAGUCUAUGCCACCCAGUCUGGAGACCAGCCCAAUCACAGAUAGUGACUUGUCCAAGAGGACGGUGUUCCAGAGGUCUUACUCUGUAGUGGCCUCCGAGUAUGACAAGAAGCACUUGGCCUCUCCGGCCAGGGUCAAAGCCGUGCCCAGACGCGGAGUCCACAGUGGGGAUGCAGAAGUGGGUUCUUCUCUGUUGCGCCGCCCCUCCCCGGAACUGUCCCGUCUCAUCUCGGCCCACGGAUCCCUCAGUAAGGGCGAGAGGAACUUCCAGUGGCCUGUCCUGGCCUUCGUCAUCCAGCACCAUGACCUGGAGGGACUGGAGGUGGCCAUGAAGCACGCCCUGCGCAAGUCCGCCUGCAGGGUCUUCGCCAUGGAGGCGUUCAACUGGCUGCUGUGUAACGUGAUCCAGACCACCUCGCUGCACGACAUCCUGUGGCACUUUGUCGCCUCCCUCACCCCGUCACCCUUUGAACCCGAGGAAGAGGAGGAGGAAGAAAACAAAGUCCCCGGGAACAAGAAAAUUGUGAUGGAGCAGGAGAGAGACCUGGCUGUGUGUGAGCACCCGCUGUCUGACAUUGUGAUUGCCGGGGAGGCCGCCCACCCCCUGCCCCACACCUUCCACCUCCUCCUCCAGACCAUCUCCGACCUCAUGAUGUCACUUCCUAGUGGCAGCUCCCUGCAGCAGAUGGCCCUCAGGUGUUGGAGUUUGAAGUUCAAGCAGUCUGACCACCAGUUCCUGCACCAGAGCAAUGUGUUCCACCACAUCAACAACAUCUUGUCCAAGUCGGACGACGGCGACAGCGAGGAGAGCUUCAACAUCAGUGUGCAGUCUGGCUACGAGGCCAUGAGCCAAGAGCUGUGCCUGGUGACCUGUCUGAAGGACCUGACCAGUGUGGUGGACAUCAAGACGUCCAGYCGUCCGGCCAUGAUCGGCAGCCUGACGGAUGGCUCAACUGAGACCUUUUGGGAGUCGGGCGAUGAGGACAAGAACAAGACCAAGUGCAUUACCAUCAGCUGCGUCAAAGGCAUCAACGCCUCUUACAUCACUGUGCACGUGGACAACUCCCGUGACAUUGGGAACAAAGUCACCUCCAUGACGUUCCUGUGUGGCAAAGCCGGGGAGGACCUCUGCAGAAUCAAACAGAUCGACCUCGAUUCGCGUCACAUGGGCUGGGUGACCAGCGAGUUUCCUGGGGGAGACCACCAUGUGAUCAAGGUGGAGCUGAAGGGGCCCGAGAACACGCUGCGGGUGCGCCAGGUCAAGGUGCUGGGCUGGAAGGCUGGCGAGAGCAUCAAGAUUGCGGGGCAGAUCUCGGCCAGCGUGGCCCAGCAGAAGAACUGCGAGGCCGAGACACUCCGCGUUUUCCGCCUCAUCACCUCACAGGUAUUUGGGAAGCUAAUCUGCGGAGAUGCUGAGCCCACCCCUGAAAAGGAGGAGAAGAACCUGCUGUCAUCACCAGAGGGGGAGGACAAGGCGCCGUCAGACGCAGACCUGAAGGAACACAUGGUGGGCAUCAUUUUCAGCCGGAGCAAGCUGACCAACCUGCAGAAACAGGUGUGCGCCCACAUCGUCCAGGCCAUCCGCAUGGAGGCGACCCGGGUGCGCGAGGAGUGGGAGCAUGCCAUCUCCAGCAAGGAAAACGCCAACUCGCAGCCCAGCGACGACGCCGCCUCCUCGGACACCUCCUCGGACGCCUACUGCUUCGAGCUGCUCUCCAUGGUGCUGGCGCUGAGCGGCUCCAACGUAGGCCGCCAGUACCUGGCCCAGCAGCUGACACUGAUGCAGGACCUGUUCUCGCUGCUGCACACGGCCUCGCCCCGUAUCCAGAGACAGGUGACCUCUCUCCUCCGUCGUGUCCUCCCAGAGGUGACACCCGUGCGCCUGGCCAGCAUCAUCGGCAUCAAGGCCCUGCCGCCUGCCGAUAUCAGUGACAUCAUCCACUCGACCGAGAAGGGUGACUGGAACAAGCUUGGCAUCCUGGACAUGUUCCUGGGCUGCAUCGCCAAGGCACUCACCGUGCAACUCAAGGCCAAGGGAACCACCAUUGCUGGCACGGCGGGCAUGGCGGCAGGCAAGGGCAUCACUACUGUCACGCUGCCCUUGAUCUUCAACUCCAGCUACAUUCGCCGGGGGGAGAGCCACUGGUGGAUGAAGGGAUCCACUCCCCCUCAAAUCGCUGAGAUUAUCAUCAAGCUGGUCAAAGACAUGGCUGCCGGACACCUGUCGGACGCCUGGUCUCGGGUGACGAAGAACGCCAUCGCUGAGACCAUCAUGGCUCUCACCAAGAUGGAAGAGGAGCAUCGCUCGCCAGUCCGUUGCAUCGCCACCACCCGGUUGUGGCUUGCUCUGGCCUCUCUGUGUGUGCUGGACCAGGAUCAUGUGGACAGGCUGUCCUCAGGCCGCUGGAUGGGCAAAGACGGACAGCAGAAACAGAUGCCCAUGUGCGAUAACCAUGACGACGGCGAGACAGCAGCCAUCAUCCUGUGUAACAUGUGUGGUAACCUGUGUACCGACUGUGACCGCUUCCUCCACCUGCACCGACGCACUCGCUCCCAUCAGAGACAGGUGUUUAAGGAGGAGGAGGAGGCAAUCAAGGUGGACCUCCACGAGGGCUGUGGGAGAACAAAGCUCUUCUGGCUCAUGGCUCUGGCCGACUCCAAGACCAUGAAGGCCAUGGUGGAGUUCAGGGAGCACACGGGGAAUCCAGCCUCCUGCAGCUCAGACGCCUGCAGGUUCUGUGGCACCAGGAACGGCACCGAGCUCUCGGCUGUGGGCAGUGUCUGCUCUGACCCAGACUGCCAGGAGUAUGCCAAGGUGGCGUGCAGUAAGACCCAAGCAUGCGGCCACCUCUGUGGCGGGGUGAGGAAUGAGAAGAGCUGCCUGCCCUGUCUGCACGGCUGCAACAAGAGCACAGGCUGCCUGAAGCAGGACGCCGACGACAUGUGCAUGAUCUGCUUCACUGAGGCGCUCUCUGCCGCUCCCGCUGUCCAGCUGGACUGCGGUCACGUGUUCCACCUCCAGUGUACCCGUCGUGUUCUGGAGAACCGUUGGCUCGGGCCCAGGAUCACCUUCGGCUUCAUGUCCUGCCCCAUUUGCAAGAACAAGAUCAACCACUCGGUCAUCAAGGACCUGCUGGACCCUAUCAAGGAGCUGUUUGAGGACGUACGGAGGAAGGCUCUGAUGAGGAUGGAGUACGAGGGGCUGCACAAGAGCGAGGCCAUCACCACGCCCGGUGCCCGCUUCCACAACGACCCGGCCGGCUUCGCAAUGAAUCGAUACGCCUACUACGUCUGCUACAAGUGCCAAAAGGCGUACUUUGGGGGAGAGGCGCGCUGUGAUGCGGAGGCAGGACAAGGAGACGACUACGACCCCAGCGAGUUGAUCUGUGGAGCAUGCUCAGAUGUGUCCAGGGCACAGAUGUGUUCCAAGCACGGGACAGACUUUCUGGAGUACAAAUGCCGGUACUGCUGCUCGGUGGCUGUGUUCUUCUGCUUCGGCACCACUCACUUCUGUAACGCCUGCCACGAUGACUUCCAAAGGAUGACCAGCRUGCCCAAGGAGGAGCUGCCUCACUGUCCUGCAGGUCCGAAAGGCAAGCAGUUGGAGGGGACAGAGUGCCCCUUACACGUGGUUCACCCACCCACCGGCGAGGAGUUUGCCCUGGGCUGUGGAGUGUGCAGGAACGCCCAUAGCUUCUAAAAACACCCAGGUCUGAAAACUGAGAGACACGUACCGAACACUUCUCCUACUGGGACUGCAGGAUGUUGGCUGCAGCCUGAGCCCAGCCUGUCAAGUAUCUCCUCGUGUUGGCUUUCAUGUUGUCAGAUGGCCCUGGACACUGGAUCAGGCUUUCUACCUUACCCAAGAGUCCCAAGUUGUGCUCUUCUACCUACCAACCAGAGUCUUCGAGGCAACUACAAAACACACAAAGAGAGUUGUCUCUCUAUGUGCAUUCCAGAGGAAACUCUAAUAUAAUAAUGAAACUUGUGUCCUGUUUGCAUGUGGCCGUUGUAACCCCUUGGCUUCCAUAGAAGUUGCACACCUCCCGAUCACUGAAGUGUAACAAUGUAUUGAAUAUAGUUUUUUUUGCUUAAGGCAAUUAGGAUGAACUUGGGAUAUAUACAUGAAAAAAGAUGAGACGGGCUGUAAUUUCCAGCUUCCUAACAAUGAAUUCAAAAUAUUGUUGUAUGUCAACAGACUUUUUUGUAAUCCUGUACAUUAUUAUUAUGUCGAGUGCAUCAUGGGUUGACAGACCAAAAACAUUAAGUGAAUAAUUCUGAUAAGGUGGUGAAAAAGACUUAAGAAUAUGGUUUGGAGCAAAAUAGUGUGCAGUUGAUCUAAUCUUGUAUAUAAUGAUGUAUUCUGAAGUUGCUGCUCUACACUUCAAUUUUGUUUGAUAUUCUGGUUUAUGUUUUGAGCCAGAACUUUUAAUGAAGUGCAAUACUGGGUGUGCCUCCUAUCUUGCAGCUGUUUAUCCUAUGGAAUGUAUGUCAAUAAAAGCCACUGUACAUUUUUAUACGGCGAUAAACAGUCGUAUUCCCCCAAUUCAAAAUGUCAGAUCACUUCUGUUCUCUGAAAAUGAUAAGGAGCCCAGCGUCUGCAGUGUAUGAAGGUCGAUUGAUGUGAACACUUUUUUCUGCUCCACAAUCAGAAAAAUUACGCUGCGGUAAAACCCUUUUUUCUGUGUUUCUUUUUAACAACUCAGAAGGUGAGUAUCCUGUAGGCUACCAUUCUAUUGUAAAUGUGCGGUAACUCAACGUGUUGGGGGGCCAGUCUUCAGAACCAAAUGGUAAAAAGAAUUGUGAAUCCGUGAUGCUUUUCCAUCAGUAGGAGGCAGGGGGGACAUGGGGGUCUGGGUAUGGGGGUCUGAGAAAAAACAAACAGCUGUUAUAAAAGCGUAUUACUUGUAAUAUCUGUGGUGAAUGGAUUUGAAUGGAAAUAAACCAGGUUCUCUGUUUCGCAAGGUA